AUAAAGGGACUACCUUUUGGAUUUUCCAAUAACCUAGACUCUCACUUGUGUCCUGCUGAUGAUAGCAAAUCUGUGAGUGGUUCUUGUGCAAAUCACAUUACUGUUCUCCAAACAUCACCUUCCCCUGCAAAUGACUACUUCAAAUCAAGGAGGAGAAACAGUUUGGGGGACUUGAAGCCCUCAUCUUCCUGCAAUAGGUGCAACCCUGCUGUGAUAACUAGUGAAUAUGAUAACACAAGGAACACCAAAAGCUCCAACAUUGUCGUCCCCCUCACAGAUUCCCAUGCCUCUUUCCAAACCCAACCAAAAAGUAAAGGGGUGAUUUCCUGGCUGUUCCCUAGGUUCAAGAAGAAGCAUAAGAAUGUUAUGAGUUCCCCAAACAGGACAGAAUCUGAGGAAGUCUCUCAGGUUCUUAAGGACAUGGGGGGGAUAAUGUCAGUUGAGGCACUGAAGAGGGAACUAAUGGAGGCAAAUGAGAGUAGAGAUGCUGCCUUGUUGGAAGUUUCUGAGAUGAGAUCUUCACUGGGGGAACUCAAACAAAAGCUUGAGUACUUGGAAAGUUAUUGUGAAGAGUUGAAGAAAUCUUUGAGGCAAGCAAUGCACACCAAAGAUACUACACUUUCUGAAAAGCUCAAUAACCCUCCCCAGAGAGGAUCACCCUUUGAUGGGAAUGGAGAAAAUUUGAUGCCUGUGGGGGAGGAGGCUAUGGUAGAAGGCUUCUUGCAGAUAGUGUCAGAAUCAAGGCUAUCAGUAAAACAAUUUUGCAAGACCCUUAUAUGCCAAAUUGAAGAAACUGAUCACUCUUUGAUGGACAACUUGAACUUGCUCCUCCAACCAUAUAGGCUCUCCUUGAAUUCAAA